CAAGAUGUUCUCUAUCUUUUUUUUGCUUUUUAUUUCUUCCUCGCUGGGAGUCCCUGUGUUAAAGGAAAAUGGAGAAAAACGAGGUUUCUUUGGGUUUGAAAGAUUUGAAGGAGACAUGAUGUUAUCCAAGCAACAAAUCGGAGCAGCAGAGCAAGGCCUGGAUCCAACUAAUUUAGGAGGAGCCCGUGGAUUGAAACGCUCCGCCCAGUGGCCUGGUGGAGUGGUUCCUUAUACCAUACAUUCGAGCGCGAAAAACAAAUUUCUUAAUGCAAUCGGAAUAAAGGGACCAACAGAGAGAGUAAUAUAUAGCGCCAUGAAAGAAUGGGAAGAGAAAACUUGCAUUCGAUUCGUACCCAGAACUACCCAGAAAGAUUAUGUUGAGUUUUUCGCCGGAGAAGGAUGCUGGUCGUAUGUCGGAAAUCUUAAAAACGGGAAACAGCAAAUUUCAAUCGGUAGUCUUUGUUACUUCCACGGUAUCGCGUUGCACGAGAUUGGUCAUGCUCUGGGAUUCUGGCACGAACAGAGUCGCCCAGACCGAGACGAUUAUGUCGAAAUUGUUUGGGAUAAUAUCAAACCAGAGAACAAGCAUAACUUUAAUAAGUACGGUCACGGUUCCAUCGACAGCUUGGGUGUUCCGUAUGACUACGGAUCCAUAAUGCAUUACGGCAAGCGAGAUUUUGCUCGCUGGCCUUGGCAGACCACCAUAAGACCCAGGAAAUCUGGGGUGUCUAUUGGUCAGCGGAGUCAUCUCAGUCCACUGGAUGUUAAGCAAAUGAAUCUCUAUUAUAAAUGCAACACCAAAAAAUAAGGCCAGUCAGAUGUCUAUUCAUCAUAUGAUGGAUGAACUUCGACCAAGGAGUGAAUAAAUAAAUGAAUUAAAAGUA